AUGUCUUCAACAAUCCCUGAGAUUGCGCCACCAAGCCGGGCCCGGAGUAUUUGGAAAGGAUCCAUUUUGGAUGAUGUGGACCGGGAUCCAGUCGAUGUGGAAGAUUUGGAUCUGGAGAAAUCCUACGUAGUCAAGGAAAAGGAAAGGAAUGACAAAGUCAAACUCCCAGCCAAACAGACUUGGGUCAAUCCUCACGCGGUAAAAUGGCCCCUCUAUGAUAUCGAGCGGCUACCUGAGGGCUGGCAUCCAGCUGAACCAGAUCUUGGUGAUAAGUACGGUGAAAAACGCAUAAAACAAAGUCCGCUGAGCUAA